AUGGGCCGAUCUGCCAUCAACAUCACGGAAAUGGCCAUUCAAGAUGUCAAUAGCCAAGGUAUCCUUCCAGGAAUCACGCUUUCAGCUGUCCAAUUCAACAGCUUGACAAACCAGUAUCUGGCUGUUCAGAACGGCAUCAACCUCGCCAACACAUCCGGGGUGGUUGCAGUCAUCGGGGAAUUGUUUUCUUCGGUAACGGCACCUUUGGCCCUGACAACAAAGGCCUACAACCUGCCUCAAUGCUCUGGUUCGGCCACAUCGCCUGUCUUGAGCGACAAGAGCACGUACACAACGUUCCUCAGAACACUUCCACCAGAUAAUUUUCAAGGACCAGCAAUCGCAAAUUUUGUGUAUGCAAACAAUUGGAGAAACGUGAUCGUGAUCUACUCGAGCGACACAUAUGGAACAAGUUUGAUGCAGGCAUUUCAAGCCCAAGCGCAGACACUUGGGAUCAAUAUCCAGCUCUCCCAGCCAUACAAUUCUCCCGCGUCAGCUCCAGCUGUUUUUUCGGAUACUGCAAACCGAAUCCAGAGCAGCGGCUGUCGAAUCAUAAUUUUUCUCGGAUACGACACCGACACACUGCUUUACUUGCAACUUGCGAGCUCCAUGGGAAUGGUUGGACCAAGUUACGUCUACAUUGGCUCUGAUGGAAUGUCAACAAUCGUCUCGGACGCUCAGCCGUCUGAUCUCGCCAAUCUCCCUGGAUUUAUCUAUCUCGGUGCCCUUGAGAACGGUGGAAAUUCAAUCACGCAGAGUGUCAUUAGCAGGUUCCAAGCGGCAUAUGGACAAACCCCUGGAGCAGAUUCGCUCUUCUUUUAUGACUGGAAUGUCAAUACUGUCCAGGAUAUUUACAACAGGAGGGCCAAUCUUAGUUUCGCCAAUAUUCUGACAACCUUCACUGGCGCAACUGGUCAAGUGGCUUUCAGCUCAAAUGGCGACAGGCUGGCUCCCUAUGCCGUUACAAACUUACAAAGUGCUCCGGGCGGUGGUAUCAGCGCUGUCCAAACCAGCAUCAUCCAAACUGAUGGAACUGUCACGGUGCUUUCCCCGACCCUGUUCUUCUCGGGAUCAUCGACUCCUCCACAAGACAGCAUUGCUAUUCCACAGAUGGUCAUGUCCUACUCAAGCACGAGCCCGAUGGUCCUCGUUAUUGUUUAUUCGAUUGCAGCGAUCCUCUGGGUCAACAGAGCUGCUCCAAUUGUGCAGAAAAUGUCUCUACCAUUUUUGCUUCUCAUCAACAUCGGGCUCAUGCUCUCGUGGAUGUCUGUCUAUGCGUACUCCGGAAACACAACGGCCGCAACUUGCCGAUUCCAAUCAUGGGUCAUGUGGAUAGCAUUUUCAAUGGUCUUUGCUAAUCUGUUUGUUAAAGUCUACCGCAUUCACAAGAUCUUUGGAAACACCAAGAUGCAAAAGCUCAACUUGAGCAACUGGAUCCUUAUGAGCGGCAGCUUUGGUUUGAUCUUGGUCAAUGUCAUCAUCAUCAUCGCUUGGAACGUGGUCGAUCCCCUGAGCCCCGUCCGCGUGACAACCAGAUCGUACUGGUACUUGGACUGCCAAUCGGCAAGUUCGGUCAACCAGUCCGGGUUCUCGAAUGCCUUGUUGGUAUACAAUGGCAUUCUGCUGCUGGGAGUUACCUACUUGGCCUACAAGACACGCAACGUCGCUGCCCAGUUCCGCGAGAGCAACUGGAUCGCAUAUUGCGGGCUGUUUAUUAUACUCUGUGGCUCGGUUGUCAUCAUUCUCCUGAUGUCUAGCAACGAUUAUGUUGGAACGUACUCGGUCCGUAUGUGGGUUAUAGCGCUGGGCAACUUUGUUACCUACUACUGUCUGAUCGGAAGAGUGAUCGUGACGAUCCUAUCGGAUCUAGUCGAAGUGGGUUCCAAAACUAGUAAGCACACAAGUUCGGCGACUGCCUCGGCCACAGCAACCAGUCAAACACGGGGACAUACCAAAGCCGUACAGAAAAGCGCGGAUCACAAGAGGACAUUUGCGAUCAAAAUCAAAGCCGCCGCUCUGUUUGCCAAGUGGGAGAGUGCAAGAAUCAAGGUUUUCGACAACGAGUCCAUCAUUUGCAUCUACCACAAGAAGAAAACUAGCGACGAGUCGCACGUGAAGUCGGGCAUUUGCUGCUACUUCCACGAUUGCUUGGUUUCAAGCCCACGCGGCAACAAAAUGUUCAAGCUGACAGUGGGAAGUGAGACGUUUUCCAUCACGAUGGCUUCUGAAAACGAGAUGGACGAGUUUAUUCUGGCUGUCACGGAUGAUGGCAAUCAAAGCGGCUUCUCAACCGCAAGCCCCACCAAAGCCAGCCACGCCGUGCUUCACCACUAAGCGUGUAUCCGCAAGCGGAGGCCCCCGAGGAGGUUGACGACACACGAGUUGAGCUGACGACACGUUGGAAACUAUUCGGAAGAUUCACUCGGCCGAUUCACGUUAUUUCCAUUUCCAUUUUAUUCACUCCUUAGCGACUUGAUGUGCUGAUUUAGAGGUUACUUGAUUUCUCCUUAAUCCAACCUUUUGGACUUUAAUCUGCUCGCAACUUUUGCAUAAUGGAUCGGGAGGCCCUUGGUUUUAGAGACUCGGCACACAUUAUUAUCCUUCAACAAUAC